AUGUUGAUUUAAAGGAAGAAGAAACACAAUAGAGGCGAAUUAUUUCAAGCGAAAAACAGUUAUUAAAACGACUUACAGAGGACGGAAUUGAUCAACCACAAAACUUGGGUAUCCCUUGUAAAAUAACAAAAGAAAUAAGGUGACGAGUUUGAGUUGUUGGCCGACUUUGAGGAGGAAGCAGGUUGAUCACGGCCGCACUCACACACUUCACGCACCGACCUGGAGGCCUGCGGUGUCCAGGGAGCGAAGGUCCAACAGCUGGAGCAGAGAGGAAACGCACACUGAGGACUUCAAGGGGUCGGAAAGCUUUUUGGCUUCGGACUAAAUUACCCCUUGUAUGAUUUGUGAUUUCAGGAUACAAUUUUUUUGUUUUUUCACACAAAGUGGAGUGACAUAUACCCACACGGUGGAAAUAAACGGAGAACGUUACAGACUAUAUGAUUUUGGGGAAACAGUUGUACAAAGUUGGAAAUCCUUUUUUCGAGGACAGGAAUAUUGAGCAACUCUUAUAGACUCAAAGUGGAAGCAGGAAAUAUUGUUCAAUUUAGAAACAGAAGUUAAAAGUAUUGAACUAAGAAUAUAUUGAAGAAGCUAUUCCCCAAGUUCAGAUUGCCUUAGUUGUUCUAUUUCAGGACUUGAACCGCUUUGAUACUUGUUCACAUAUAAUUUUUCUAUAUUGUGGGCAAGUAUAUUCAUGCAUAUGAAUGCAAAUUUCUCUUCAUUUUGAAGAGCUUUCGUGUAAAAAAUUGUUUUUUUGUUGUUUUUUUGUACGUCAGUCACUCUGUUGUUGAAGGGGACCGAACUGCACGUACAUGUGUAUAUGUAAAUACUAUGAAUUGACUUCUGUUGUAAAAUCUUUGGACUUAAAAGAAUAGAGAAUAUUGUUUGUUAAUGCUUUAUUAAACUUUUUUACUUUUGAAGAGAAUUUUUAAAAAGAAAAACCUAAGAAGCAGAAAUCUAAUACCUUGAAGAGGACAAAAAAAAACACAAAGCAAGGAAAACAGGAAAAAUGGCAACCGCCAGAACAGAAAACGUUGGCCCGGUUGUCAUGGGACUGAACAAGCAGAACGGGCAGCUCAGAGGACAGACCAAACCAGCUUCAGUCCAUCCAGCACCCACAACUCAAGGAAAGGCUUUGGGUGCACCCCAGAAAGCAGGCGGUGCUUCUCAAGAAGGAGGAGGCAUUAAGUUUGGAGAUGACUGGAAAAAGAGCCUAAAGCUCCCUCCCAAAGACAACAGGGUCAAAACCUCAGAUGUGACGUCCACUAAGGGGAAUGAAUUUGAAGAUUACUGUCUCAAACGAGAACUCCUGAUGGGCAUCUUUGAGAUGGGUUGGGAGAAACCGUCUCCUAUCCAGGAGGAGAGCAUUCCCAUCGCCCUGUCUGGACGGGAUAUUCUGGCCCGGGCUAAAAAUGGAACAGGAAAAAGUGGAGCCUAUCUGAUCCCACUGCUAGAGAGGAUAGACCUGAAAAAGGACCACAUACAGGCUAUUGUCAUGGUGCCCACCCGUGAGCUGGCGCUGCAGGUGAGUCAGAUCUGCAUCCAGAUCAGCAAACACCUGGGAGGAGUCAAAGUCAUGGCCACCACCGGGGGCACCAACCUGCGAGAUGACAUCAUGCGUCUGGACGAAACUGUGCAUGUUGUCAUCGCCACACCUGGUAGGAUCCUGGACUUAAUAAAGAAAGGAGUGGCAAAGGUGGAUAGAGUCCAGAUGAUGGUGAUGGAUGAGGCAGAUAAGCUGCUGUCUCAGGAUUUUGUGGUGCUUAUUGAGGAUAUCAUUAGCUUCCUGGCCAAGAACAGGCAGAUCCUGCUCUACUCUGCAACCUUCCCCAUCAGCGUGCAGAAGUUCAUGGCCAAGCACCUUCAGAAACCCUACGAGAUAAACCUGAUGGAGGAGCUGACUCUGAAGGGCAUUACUCAGUAUUAUGCCUACGUCACUGAGAGGCAAAAAGUCCACUGCCUCAACACACUGUUCUCCAGGCUUCAGAUCAACCAGUCAAUCAUCUUCUGUAACUCCACUCAGAGGGUGGAGCUCUUGGCAAAGAAGAUCACCCAGCUGGGUUACUCCUGCUUCUACAUCCACGCCAAGAUGAUGCAGGAAUAUAGAAACCGUGUGUUCCACGACUUCAGAAACGGACUGUGCAGGAACCUGGUCUGCACCGAUCUCUUCACCAGAGGUAUUGACAUCCAGGCCGUCAACGUGGUCAUCAACUUCGACUUCCCCAAGAAUGCUGAGACUUACCUCCAUCGUAUCGGAAGAUCAGGGAGGUUUGGUCACCUGGGCUUGGCCAUCAACCUGAUCACAUCAGAGGAUCGCUUCAACCUGAAGGCCAUCGAAGACCAGCUGGUGACCGACAUCAAGCCGAUUCCCAGCAGCAUCGACAAGAGCCUCUACGUCGCCGAAUUCCACUCUGGCAGCGCCGACUGUGAUGUGGAGGAGGUGGAGGAGAAAUCAGGGCGUCAACAGGACAGCACCUAGAAACAGGACUCACCAGGCUCUUGCGCAGACAUCAGCGCUUGCACACAGGCUUCAGGCAACUCUUCAGUUUCACAUUUCUCACUCAUUUUCAGAGCCUGUUGAAUGGAUAUUAAGGCUGUUUGUUUGUUUUUUUUAAGUAUUUCUUUCGCUUUUCCUCAAAAGAGCUGCCUCAUUUUUUUUUUUUAAGUCAGAAAUUUUAGCUAUCUUGUUUUGCACCAAACUCAGAGUUGAUCCAUGCAUCCUGUUUUCGAGUUUAGCAUAUUUCACCUAAAAUAUAUCUAGGUUAGACAGCAUGUGGCUGUUUUGAAAUGGAGACAGCAAUGCAAAUGAAAAUCAAAGCUGUUUUGAACCCGUAGUCCGUGUUGACUGUUUUUCAUUGCCAACAGCAAGGUUGGUCUGUUUUAAUGUUACAAUGGUGCACUUACACCAGCUAUCAUUCUGUCCACUUACACUGCUGUUGUCACUUAAGUGCCUUACUUACUCCUGUGUGCACUCAUCCAUUCAUUAGCCUGCUGUCGUCUGUAACGCAGCAGAGUACGAGCACAAAUACAAAGAAUUCAGUUGUAACCCGAGUUUAUUCAAACAUCCAUUAUGCAAGGGAAAAAGAGGACACACUCCUCUGCUGGGAGGUGUGUGUGUGUUUAAAAACAAAAAAAACAACACGGCUCAAACUCCUUCUUGGAAAAAUCAUCCUGAAUGUGAACGUUUAUUUUUAAUGUGAACGUUGCAAUAAAAAAAAGGGCAGCUUUAUUUAAAUAAUGCGUGACUGUUUUUCCCGAUCACUAUGAAUAAAAUACAUGUGCAGACUCCCCCCCCCCCCCCCCCCCCCCCCCCCCCGUACUGAUUCAUGGAUGUUUGCCUGCAACCUCACAAACAGCGUGGGGGGGAUUUAUAGCAGCCUUAUGCUGUUACAUGAUGGCUGUCGCUGGUGAGCUCGCCCGCAGACAGCUGUCGUCUGGAGGUUCUUUUACAUUUUAACAAAAAAAUAACAUUUGGCUGGUCGAAUACUGUAAACCCUUCGUCCACUGUAGCUGGUAGAUUGGAGUGGAUAAAAACUGGUUUCCUAUCCUGCAUGCAGCUGCAGCACAGGACUGAUGCAUCAGAGACGGGUUCAAAACGGUUUUCAUGUCACUUUGCUGUCAUUAAGCUGAUUUAAUUGAGUAUUAUAGUAAAAAAUCAAAUGGUUAUUAUUGAAGUUGGUGCAAAACAAUGGUUUAAAUGUUCUGUUAUUUUUCUUUCACCCCGCACAUCUUUAAGUUUGUCAAUCCCCAAAAAACAAAAAAGGUGGAAUAGAUGCAUUUUUAUCAGAUUCUGAGAGAUAUCUUUCCUUUAUUUUCUUUUUUUUUAAGCCCCAUCAUGACAAACUGAAGUUGGUGAAUGUAUUAGUUGCCAAUGUGAAUUCUGCUGCCCAGUGGCUGAACGCCGAGCUCUUAGGCAUAUUUGACACUUUUCAUUUAUAUUGCUUCUGCUGCAUCAGACACUCCUCUUCAGGCUGUGGUUUACUGGAUAAGAAAUGGUUUCAUGUAUAGAGGGAUGAAGCCUGCUCAGUCUAUAAAGUACAACACAAAUCUUUCAAUUAAAUUAAAGCUAAAAAUAGUGUCUUUAUGCAGCAGCAGCAAUAUCAUUUUUUUCCUCCCCAGCACAGCUACGUUUUACAAUUUAUAAAUGUGAGGGGUGGGCUCUGUUUUUGAAAGCAAAAUUGUAGCAUCUUUGAAAAGGCAGCUGUGACUUCUUUUUUUUUUUUUUUUUAAUUUCUCUUAUUUUUUUUAUUUUUUUUGUCCUCCCCUUAAAGAGCAUCACAAAUGUUUAAAAAAAAAAAAAGACAUAAAAAAGAAAAGUAUUUUUGCUUUUUAAGAUUUAUUUUUGAUGUUGCUUAAAGCAGUUUGGAGGGGAGGGCAGGGGCCGCGGGUGGGGGGGGGGGGGGGUGGGUGGUACUGUGAGGCUUUAGCACUGGGUAACUUGUGGAGGUUCUGGUGGGUUUGCAGAAGCCAAGUGUUUUAUCAGAUGCUCUUCAGGGCAUCUUGAAUCUUUCCGUCUCUCUCUGGUACUUAAAGCUUCCAGACAAAAAAGCUUUUGAUUUAAAAGUUUUUCCCUCAAACGUUCACAAAAAAAUGCUUAAAGACGUUUUUAUUUUCUUCUUUUGUGUUUUAAGUACCAGAAAGAGCGCUAAAUUAUACAGGAGAGAGUUUGUGGAAAGCAUUGAAGCACUGUGAUCUUCUUGAACCUGUUUCCAUGUUUGUGUGACAGAUGAUCAAAGUGCUGUGAUUAGUUUUCAACAACUCAAAUCUGUUUUUUUUUUCUACUAGGGCAAUCUUUAUACGAGGUGUUAUGAAUCAUUUCGGGUUAAACGAAACUCGAGAAUGAUUCAUUGUUUACACUAGUCGUUUACAAUUACAGAAAAAAAAGAAAAUACUUUGCUUCAUGGUUGGUGGAGGAGGAGGUAGAAUUUUGUUUCUUUUUUUUUUUCUUAACUUGAAAUAGAUUUUCAGGAUUUACAUUGAAGCAAAACCAAAAAAGUGGAAUGUCGUGUGUGUGAGAGAGAGAGAGGUGUGUGUGUGUGCACGUGUGUGUGUGUGUGUGCACGUGUGUGUGUGUGUGUGUGUGUGUGUGUGAGAGUGUGAGAGAUGCAGGUGACUGAACAAUGUGUGUGUUUGAGUGAGAGUGUGUGUGUGCAGCUGUGACAGGCUGAGUUUUUUUCAUGUGCAGACUCGUCUUGUGUUUUUGUUGGCGAUAUACAAUGUCUUAAAUAUCAGAAUGGGUGUUUACAUCUGUCAGGGAUGUGAUUUUUUUUUUUCUUUGUCUUUUUUCCCCCCCUCCACCUCCUUCCUCCUCUACUCCAGGCGUUUUAAGUUUGUGGACGUAAAUCUAAUUUCAAACGACACAUUUUCGCACUUUUCCCAGUUCUUCUCUCUGUUUUGUGUUCCCGAUCACGUCCCCGACAGUCGUUCCGUGAUCUCCUUUGUGACCCCGAAGGAGAAAAAAAAAAGACUUGAACUGUAGAGAAAUGUUCAUAUAAUCAGAAUUCAAAUGGCCUAAACAAAAACUCUCUUAGCGUGUUUCUUUAAUUAUACAUGUUUAAGUCAUCAUCGUAGACUUUGUCUCCCAAAACAGUUAAAUCACAUCUUGGGUUUUAUUUUGAUCACUCUGGCUGUACGUUUAUAUUAGUUUUGAUCACAAAAGUUAUUGCUGACGUCUCAGAACGAGCUAAAAACACUAAAAAUAAAGCUCCAGUGGGGCAUCUCAAGGUCUCACUUUGAGAAUAAUUUUAUCAAAAUUGUCAUCUGAAAGGUCAAAGCAAGAAAAAUAAAACCCAUGUUGUUAUUAACUGUUCUUUUCCUUUAAGCUGUGAAUGACAUGAUUUUGUACAUUUUAGAAGUUGUCUAUGAGGGGUCACAAUGGAGGUCAUGUUGAAUGCACUUAUGAAUGUUGAGUGGCUGUGUGUUAAUUUUGUCAUCUGGUGUUUGUUGAGGCGACUUUGUGUGUGUGUGUGCACCUGUGAAGUCAGGUGUGCUGACAGGGGUGGGAGGGAUAUUUGUCUUAUUUGAAAAAGGGGGUAACUGUUUAAAAAAAAAAAAAAAAAAAAAUAUCAGAAAAGGGUGAGGAUUUGGGAACAAAAAUGGCAAUUUGAGGAUUGCUGCUUCAGGUUCUACAAAAUGAUAUUGGCUGAAAUUCAAAGAAAAGUUAAAAACCGGUCUUUAAGGUAGUAUUAAUGCCUGGAUUGCCCUUUAAUAUCUCUACUGUGCAUAACUGAAUUAAAUUGGAUCUCCUAAUUUGCUGCACUAAUGUAGACUCACCAAUGCUUUUGAGGCAAUUUCAGCCAAAUUUAAUGAUUCAACUCAGCAGAUCUGUUGUAGUAAGCUGAGGAUAAAGUUACAGCAGUAUUCCCCUGCAACAAAGAUGUAUAUAAAAAAAUGUAAAAAAACAAGUGCAAAGAUUCUUAAUUGGCUUUCAAAUUUAUUUUUUGGGUCUGAAUGUGACUCAGAAUAACGUUGCAACAGUAUUUCUCUACAGCGUGGAUAGGAGGGAGUGGUGAUAUGAUGCUGAAUUGGCUGGCAAAAAAAAUGUUGGUUCAAUUGAUCCCUCAUUGUAAAAAAAAAAAAAAAAUGUUUAAAAAAACCCUCCUGUUUUUUUUUUGUUGAGGUUUUUUACCCGUCUUCUCUGUAGUUAUUGAUACCAGCUUCUCCCAAAAACUAUUUUCAGUCCUACAUUAAAGUCAGUUAAAACAUUUUGCAUUACAAAUAGUUGUAAAACCACACUCCAUAUUUUUUGGGAACUUGUUUUCCUCAGUCCAACUGUCCCAUCAUUUUCCUUUUGUCUUAUGUCAAUAGAUCAAAAAAACCUCUAACAGUUUUUAUUUGGUGGGAACUGCAAAAAUGUCAUAUUUACAAUGUUCAUGUUUUCAUUCCUUUUUUUUUUCCUUACAAAAGAAAAUGCAUUGAAGAGAGAAGCACAAGGUAUAUCAAUGGCCUGUGUUAAUCACUCUGUCCUCUACUGUUGUAACGUGGAAAUACAUGCAGGGGCUGUAAAAUCCAAUAAAUUGAACUGAAAUUUA